AUGGCUCUACAGACCAAAAACAAGCCGAGGAGUCAACAGAAGACAGUGAACAAGGAGCCUUCGUCGUGCGAGGACGAGUUCCUUGAUGGUGAAGAUGAGGACUACAGUGCGUCGGUCAAGAAGGCUCCAGCAAAGGACGUGAAGUUUGAGGAGUCAGAAUCAUCGGAUGAUGAGGCUCAUGACUACAGCGAUCUUGAUCCUUACGACAGCAGACAGACGUUGACUUGGUGGGUUCUUGACAACUUUGAUCACCAGCUUGAGCAAGCCCUCGCCACCUUGGAACGGAUUCGGGCAAAUCCCAACGAACACCAUCCCACGUACGCAGAAAUGUAUCAACAACUGGCUUGGGACCCUGAGAGCCUGCGAGCGGCACUGGAGGCGGAACUCAGGCGACGCAGCCUUCAUAGAGAUCUUCGCUACAUGAGCACUGCUGCGCUCAGUAUUAUGUUUGAAGUUUACGUAUCUUUUGUAAAGGACGAAGGCGGUGGCCAGAUUAACUCUGAUGGGGGGUUGUCGUUAUCUGUUCUUGAUUUUCAGUAUCGAUCUGGGCUCAUGGAGUGAGAAUAAGGAAGAACAGGAACAUGUCGAAGAGGCAAAAGAAAUGGACCCUCUUUGGAGAGC